CAUGACCCGGACGGCACGCACUGAGCAUGCCCGAGCUGUCGUGUGUUGUCAGGGAGAAAGCAGACAGAAAAGCAGCCCUUGAGAGGAGCCAGUCGAGAACCAGUGACGGCUAAACAAUAGGGGCUCACAUUUCUAAUUAAGACCCAUUGUGUCAGUCGAAUCACUUUAUACAUAUACGCUUGCAGGCAGAGAGCAUAUUGGGAUGUUUUUUUAAGGUUAUGCUAUAGGUACCUAAAGCAGCAGCCUUGUCUUCAAGAGGUUGCCAUGGACAUGACUUCGCUAAUGGACCCAAGAAAACGAGCACAGUCUUUGUUCAACCUGUACUGACAUCCCAAACAAAUCCUUACCUAGCCAAACCACGUUUAGCUGGAAUGGAUGAAUGUGGCAAAGGAAACUCCCUAGGGCAGAAUCUAUGAACAGCAUGAGCAUCGGCGAACAAUUCUGGAGUGACGAGGACUCGGAUGGUGACAGCGAUGGUGAAGAUUUCUUCUAUGGUGCCCAGUGUCAUUAUGUGACUGACCUGAGUCGACACCCGCAGCUGGACAUCGAUGUCGGUGCAGUGAGAGACAUCUAUUCUGAAAGUGCUGUUUCUGUCAGGGAAUAUGAAACCAUUGAUGAUGUCGACAUUGACUUGCACAUUAACGUCAGUUUCCUGGAUGAGGAAGUUGCGUCAGCAUGGAAGGUUAACAGGACAGAACCAAUUGUUUUACGCCUUCGUUUCUCCCUUUCCCAGUAUCUGGAUGGACCAGAACCCACUGUGGAGGUGUUCCAGCCAACCUGUAAAGACGGUUUCUGCCUUGGGGUACAGCUUAAAAGAAUUCUCAGCACGUUUAUAGCUAAUCAAUGGAAAAAUCUCAGCAACGAGUUCCUGAAUGCACAACAGAGGAAGAGACACAGCUGGUUUAAAGCUGGAGGAACAAUCAAGAAGUUUAGAGCAGGACUAAGCAUUUUCUCACCAAUAACCAAGUGCUCCAGUGUUCCUCUGAUCCAGGGCCCUGGGGUGAAGACGAGGCCAGCAGGGCAGGAGUUGAGAGUGACCCGCUUGAUGAGCCGCUCCGUGUCUUGCACCAAAGGAGAACUGCAUAAUUCCAGCCCAAUUGGACAAACUGUAGCCGUCCCAGGCUCAAGAUCCACAGUGCACAUCACCACCAGACAGCUUAUUCAGCUCUUCUUCUCCUCACAAGCUCUAAUCCACUGCAAGAGCAUCCCGACCCUGGAGUACGGCUUCCUCGUGCAGAUUAUGAAAUACUCCGAGCAGAGGAUCUCCACUCUGAAUGAUUACUGUGUGGUCUGCGAUGAACAGCAUGUCUUUCAGAAUGGCUCCAUGCUCAAGCCUGCUGUCUGUACGAGAGAGCUGUGCGUGUUCUCCUUUAACACUCUGGGCGUCAUGUCAGGAGCUGCGGAAGAUGUAGCCACAGGAGCUGAGGUGGUUGAUCUGCUGGUGGCAAUGUGUCGUGCUGCUCUUGAAUCUGCCCGGAAAAGCAUCAUCUUUGACCCUUACCCCUCGGUCGUUGACCCUCAUGACCCAAAGUCUCUGGCCUUUAAUCCGAAGAAAAGAAGUUAUGAGCGUCUACAGAGAGCACUAGACAGCAUCACGUCGAUCCGAGAAAUUACACAAGGCCCCUAUGUUGAAAUAAAGAAACAGAUGGACAAAUUGGACUCGCUUGCUCAUCCUCUACUGCAGUGGAUUAUAUCCAGCAACAGGUCUCAUAUUGUCAAGCUCCCCACCAGCAGGCAACUGAAGUUCAUGCACACCUCGCAUCAGUUUUUGCUCCUCAGCAGUCCUCCUGCCAAAGAGGCUCGCUUCCGCACCGCUAGAAAACUUCACGGCAGCACAUUCGCUUUUCACGGUUCUCAUAUUGAAAACUGGCACUCUAUUCUACGAAAUGGACUUGUAAAUGCCUCCUACACGAAACUGCAGCUGCAUGGGGCGGCCUACGGGAAGGGCAUCUACCUCAGCCCCAUCUCCAGCAUCUCAUUUGGAUACUCAGGAAUGGGAAAGGGACAGCACCACAUGCCUACUAAAGAGGAAUUAGUGCAGCACUACAACCGGGUCAACACUGUCUUACAGUGUCGACCCGUACAGUCAAGGUUUCUUCAGAGUCGGAAUCUGAACUGUGUUGCUCUGUGUGAAGUAAUAACAUCCAAAGAUCUGCAGAAACAUGGAAACAUUUGGGUCUGCCCGAUUUCUGAUCAUGUCUGUACACGCUUCUUUUUUGUGUACGAGGACGGUCAAGUAGGAGAUGCUAACAUCAACACACAGGAUGUUCGCAUACAGAAGGAGAUCUUGCGGGUGAUUGGGGGACAAUCAACCUGACUGACCCAUUUCACCACUGUGAAACUUUACAAGGGAACAUAUGAACUUGAGAACAGGAAGAUUUACCUCAAACUAGGUGUUUUUGAUUACAGAAACCUCCAGUCAACUUCAUCUUUACAUGGUACUAAGGGAAACCCCUUUUGUAACUUUUUGAUAAACAUUUUAUUGCUCUGUUGCUCAUUUAGAGUCUAUAUUUAUGUCAUGUUCGCUUCUUUAUUUUUUACGUCAUGAAGGAAGCGCUGUAAUGAAUUGAUUUGAGCGGUGGAAAACAAAGAUGUAAUUUCCAUUUUGCCCACUUGGUGUCUCUAUUGCCUAUGAGAAGCAUAAAAUAAUUUGGGAAUGAAAUUGGAAAGGCUUCUUAGUCUAUAAACCUGCCAUUUUGAAGUGUUUACAUAUGCUAUUUCAUGGACAAUUCAACAUUACUGUUUGAUGUAUGUAGUGUAAUGCAGCCUCUCGAUCACAUUGCGUUUAUUUUCAUGAAUGUUGUGACACUAGUUUACUUGUUAUGAAUUCUAAACCUCUUAACAUGAAAUGUUAACAAGUUUGGUGCUGUGCACUAGAAGGCAUCGUGUUCUCAUUUACUCUUCUGAGAGCUUCAAGCGGAGAAGACUGCCAAUAAACUACACGACACGUUACAGACUAGAAA